AUGAUUUUCACAAAUUAUCUAUGUCAUAUUUUUCAACUACACGUUUUAGAUGGACCAGAUUCAGCAGUUCUCAGCAAAAGAUCACCUCACACUGUAACAGAAGGGGAUAAAGAUGAAAAAAUUGAAUGUACUUCAGAUUGUUAUCCUGGUUGUUCUUAUAAAUGGACGAAACAUACAAGUUCCUCUGCUACUACGUCUUCACGUGUGCUUCAACUAAACACUGUGUUAAGAGAGAAUGCUGGAGAUUACAAAUGCAUUAGUACCAAUACAGCAAAAUCACAUUUCUCAAAGUCUGCAGAGUCAACUAUAAAAAUCGUUGUUCAAUAUGCCCCUGAUGUAAAUAUCAGUCUGUCAAGGACAAGUGUAAAAGAAGGAGAAAGUCUUACAUUAUACUGUAACGGCCAUGGUGUACCAUCAAGUUACAUCUACACAAGCUUAAUUCAAAGCUGGAACAAUGUUGCAAUACCAAAUAACAAUACAGCUGUAGAUCAUACAGAGAGGUAUAGCUCUUUUUAUUUUAAAUCACUCCGACUUGACGAUACAGGGACAUACACAUGUACAUUAAACAAUGGAAUAUCAGACCUAUCGGGAAUACUUGACCAAAGUGGUACAAGAAAGAUCAUUGUACAAGUAUACCCAAAGAUACUUAAAGAUGAUCUUCGAUUUACUGGUUCAACAGGAGACACAAUACAUAUUGAAAUCCCGAUUAACAGCAAUCCUGUACUUGACAAUAUAGAAAUUACAAGAUAUGAUGGUCAGUCUAUUUCUAGUGAUAUGUUUCCUGUUAUGGAUGAGUCUGUAAAGACAAAAUUUUAUGGAAAAGAUGUCACAUUACAAGGAAAUGUCAUAUAUCUCACGUUGAAUGAUACAAAGGAAGAAGAUUUUGGAAAUUAUUCAUUCAAAAUUACAAAUGUUGUUGAUACAACACAGGCGUUUGUUUAUGUGAUAGCAGAAGGUCCACCAUUGCCACCUAAAUUUUUACAGUUCCUGUCGGAAAAUAACAUACUGAAAUUUAUGUGGCAAAAAGAUUUCAAUGGAGGACUUCAACAAUCUUUUAUUAUACAAACAUCGAUUGUGGGUACAGAAACAUGGACAAAUAUUUUUAAUGUUAGCGAGAUAGACAGUAAAUAUAGAGUUAACAGUACUUUCUAUACUGUAAAUAUAACGGGUCUUUGACCAGGAAAAUAUACUGCUCGAAUAUUUUCUGUUAAUUCAAAAGGAGGAUCUGAACAUGUUGUUUUAGCAACUACAUUUGAUGUUGCAAAAGAAACAGAAUUUGAGGGUGACAAACAAGAUAAUAGAACUGGGGUUAUAGCGGCUGUGAUAAUUUCAGUCGUACUAAUUGGUUCCACUAUUUGCAUCGGGAUUUUCAUAUGGAAGAAAAGAAAAACGGCAAAAGAACAAGCUAUGCAAAAUUUAUAUGAAUCACCAUCUCAGUUGGAUUCAACAUCGAAUGUACAAUAUGAAGACCUGCAUGGUUUAACGGAUGCAAACAAGUAAGCUAUACAUUUCCAUUUAUAUUAAAUUUCCGUUUAAUUUUAUCUUCCCUGAGAUCACCACUAGUUUAUACACAAUAAUAUGUUAUAAGCUUUGUUAAGAAAUGAGUUCAUAAGGGUUUGUUAUGAUAGCCCAAAAAUUGUUCCUUUGCCAAUUUUGCAUGGCUGCUAAAAGAAACAAUAAUAAUGAUAAUUUAAAAAAGGAAAUCAAAAGAAAUGGGUUAUCUUAUUGAGGAAACCUAGUUUUAAUUGGUGAUCAUUCUUUUUUAGUUUUGUUUAAUUAAUGAUUUUCGGCGUCAAUAGUUUGACAAAUCUAAUACGUUAAGAAACAUUUUGUAGUUUUAUUGAUACCCCUGAAAGUGUGAAAUGUGUGUAAAAGAGAUGGCUUAACAGCUUGGGUCACAUGAAGUCAAAAACUAGGUCACAACACCACCAUCGAAAUAUCCAAAAACCCUUUUAACAUUCUAUUGGUCACAAUUUGACUCAAUUGUCAUCAAACAUGGUCAGGAUACUUGUCUAAUUUAUUUUUCGUAUGAGUUCGAACAUG